CUCACACACACACAGAGCACAGAAGACGGAGGAAGCUGAAUCAGAAAAGUCGCCCCUUUCACACACACACUCGCAUGUGUAUAUGGAUAUGUGGCAUUCCUAGACACCCUCUCUAUCUCUAUCUCUCUCUCUCUCUUUUACUUUACCUUUGGUUGUGCUCUCUCCCUCCCUCUUUCCCUCUUCCCUUCUCCUUCUCUAGUUUUCCUUCUGCUCUGCCUGUCGCUGGCAGUUGUCUGAGAGAGUGUGUGUUGAAGAAAACAGAAGAGAAGAGGUGCAGGACGGGUCAGGAUGCUGUGCACUCUGCAGAUGUACGCGUCUACAGGUUUCCCUCAGGGCUGACUGAAGACAAGACAAAAACCCUCGAGGCACCAGGAUCCUAACACACAGCUUGUCUAUUUUUUUUGUCUUUGGUUCUCAAUCUGUCCAUCAGUUGUUCAUCUUUGUCCUCCUUUUUGGUGCUUUUCCACGGGUGCUAUUUUGGAAGCCACCGAGAAGAGAAUAUGAGGUCCAGGUUACCUCAAGCCGCUUUGCCGCCCUUUCUUCUAGGACUGUUGCUGUCACUGGUAGACGCCAAAGGAACCUUCUAUGGAACAGGCCAUGGGAACCCGUUCUAUGGAGGAGGCCAUGGCAACAGAUACAACCUGUACAAGUCUGGAGUCAACUCACACUACACCCCGGGCAAACCCAUGGGCCGCCACAAAAACCACUGUGCACAUGUGGUCCAGAAGAACAUCACGUGUACGAUUGAGGACGGCAUGGCCACCUACGUGAAGGCAGAGUACACCACCAAGUGCAUCUGGGGGCAGAAGUGUCCUGUCGUCAUGUACCGGACCUUCUACAAGCCUAAGUAUAAGGUGGGCUAUAAGAGAAUUACUGAGCUGCAGUGGAGGUGCUGUCCUGGCUACUCUGGGGAGAACUGCUACGAUGGACCCACCUCUCUGCCCCCCUUCAAAGGGGGUGCCCCACACCGACCAGGGAUCAAGUACCCCUAUGGGCACCCCCAACCUCCCCUGAUCCACAAACCUGUCCCUGGUGGGGCUAAUCUGGAGCCAGGGAGCCCCUUCCCAAAUCAGCCGGAUAGCAGACCCAUCCCCACUGGACAACUGCCCACCGGGAACGGCAAACCCAACUAUGGUAAUAAUGUUGGUGGAGACCGUCUAGAUCGUAUGGAGGAGGAGCUGCGUCGUCUGACCCAGGAUCUGGACAUCCUGAACGGGGUGAUGGUCAGCCUAGAAGACCGCCUGCGCCUCUCUCUCCAGGAGGACACAAAGAAUAUGCUGGGCUCCCUGCUCUCCACCAUCCCCCGUCUUUCAGACUCCUCUGUUGGCUUUGGGGUGAUCCCAGACGGCACCCCAGAUGGCCUGGAGGGAGGAGAGGGACUCCCUGGGUUUGGAGACCUGGCUGGGAGGGUGACAGAGGUGAAGGAUGAGCUCAAAGCCAAAGGACAUGUGCUUGAGGAGAUACAGGGCAUGGUUCUGGGUCAUGAAGGGCAGCUGAAAAAGCUGUUGGAAGCUGCGACUGGCAGGCCCAUCACUGGGUCAGUCUCUCCCUCCAUCCUGGAGGAGCUGCUGGAUGCUAAACUAGCAGGUGUCCGCGCUGACAUCCUGGACGGCUUCGAGAGGCGUCUGUCUGGCCUGGAGAGCCGCUGUGAGGAGAGAAUAGGAGAGGUCCAGAGGCAGUGCCAUAAUGAACACAUGAACGGCCAGGAGCACAUACAGCAGUCUCUGGACGGCAGAGAAACUGGACUGAGAGAGGAGCUGGGUACUCUGCAGGCACAGAUACAGGGACUCACCCUCACUGAGAGCUGCUGUGGACAGCAGGUGAACAGCCUGUCGCAGAGAAUGUUGAUGCUGGAGGAGUCAGUGAAGGGCUUAACAGAGUCCCAGCGGGAGCUUCAGGCUGCUCUCACUGACCAGACCAUCCACAUUGAGACCCUGAUAGAGGCCCGUCUGGAAGACAUAGAUGCCAGGCUCAAUGUCACCGAGUCUGGGGACGUAGGGGUUGGCAAGGUGCCUGGGGGUCUGGACGGCUUCAAGACCCUGCUGAAGGACAAGCUGAAGUCCCUGGAGGAGAGGGCGUUUGUGGCUUUGGAGGAGCUGAGUAACGCCACCGCCCCAGCUCUGCUGGAGGGUCAGGUGAUGCCCGCCCUGGAGACAGUCAGGAGGAGGGUGGAAGGAGACCUGGACUGCAUCCAGAGGAAACUCACAGACCUGGAGCUCCUCUGCACCUCCUCCUGCUCCCACGCCACUCCCACUGGAGGAGGCGCACGGACAGGCCUAGUGGAGGAGUGUGAGGCGGUGGAGAAGAAGGUGUCAGGCCGUCUGGACUCCCAUGCUGACCAGCUGGACCGUCUCAAUACCACCCUGCAGACCCUACUGAACCGCAUUGCCCAGGAGGACGAGGAAGGCUCUGUCCAGGGAGAGAUCACCCUCCUCAAGAUCAAAGUCAACUCAGUCAACCGCACCCUGAAGGGCCUGAGGAACUCUGUUAGCCUGUUCACUAAGGAAGUGGGCCAUGCUAACGCCACAUGGACACACAAGGAGAAUCAGCUAGCCACCCAGGUCCAGGGUAUCACCCAGCUGGUGGGGCGCCAGGCCUACCUCCUGGGGGCCGGGGAGCACAGACUAGCCCAGCUGAAGGGGGAGCUGGUGAGCCUGAGGAGGAGACUGGCUGGGGAGCUGCAGGGCUGCCGGAGUACGGCCCUGGGGGUGCAGAGGGAGGUGGAGGAGGUGGAUAGUCGAGUGGCCCAGGUGGAGGGACAGUGUGGUAGCCUGGGGGAGCUGGCGGACAACCUAGAGAGGAUCAGGACAGAGCUGGAGAGACACUCAGACUUGCACCUGUCACAGGUCAAAGGAAGGAUGGCCAGUCACACUACACAGCUGGCCGAACUGAAGGGAGAAAUUAAAGACUGUGUCGGAAAGGGCUCAGCCAAUCAGAGGGGAGACGAGUAACACUUGUGCUACGGAGAAAGACGUGUCUAUGUCCUCUCAUCUUCUGCUCUCCUUCAUCUGCUCAAAUGGGAAACUUGAGAACAGAUUUACUUCACCUAUCCUGCAUUUUCAGAUCAGUGAAGGAGAGGAGAUGAGUAGAAUAGGCCAUUUGAAGCUAUUGAAAUGCACCCUUGGUUGUAUAGUUGGGCAAUAUUUUCCCUCAAGUUUUUCUUCUAAAGGGGCAUUUAGUUUUUUUCUUAUAGUUUUGUUUUCACAUUUUAUAUUGAUAUUAACUGACUUUUUAACUUAUAUGAAGAAAAGAUAUCUGCAUUGAUGUACUGUAUUAGAAAUAUUUGUGAAAAAUGAAUAACAAAAACAAAGCACAGACGUCUAUUCCACAUUUGUUCAACGUAAUUUGAUUGAAGUGACGUGGAAACGACGUCACUUCAGGCCAGAUUCUCCUUUCUCUAAUAUCUCUGGACAGGCAUAACCAAGGAUGUACUUCCGGCUUUAUGCAACGUCACAUAAAGCAAGAAGUGUAAAACAUCAACGGUAGCGUCUUAUCAUAUUAACAUAUUAUAACGUGCGCCUACGCCUUGAUUUUGUUAACAAACCAUAAGCUAGUAUCUAGCUCAAACAGAACGUACGACCACAGAUAGUGAUAACCUUUCAUCUGUUGUGUGACUGUUAGCUAGCAAGCUACUUACUAGCAUGUCGGCAAACCAUAAGCUAGUAUCUAGCUCAAACAGAACGUACGACCACAGAUAGUGAUAACCUUUCAMCUGUUGUGUGACUGUUAGCUAGCAAGCUACUUACUAGCAUGUCGGCAAACCAUAAGCUAGUAUCUAGCMCAAACAGAACGUACGACCYCAGAUAGUGAUAACCUUUCAUCUGUUGUGUGAKUGUUAGCUAGCAAGCUACUUACUAGCACGUCGGCAAAAGCACACUAUGUUUUGACUGGAUGCCAUAGUGUACAAUGAACCUUCCGCUAUUUUCCCGAAGAAUGAAGACAUCAAGAUAGCAGUGGCUGCUUUUCAUUUCGGGUGGACAGGCUGCAGCUUUAUCAAUUGAAGAGAACAGUCGAUGAGUCGUGCCACGAAGCUAGUCCUGAAUACGGAUGCUGUACCAUCAUUGCAAGCGCUGACCGUAAUGCUGCGUAGACGGGCUCCUGGGUCACCUCUUCAAUGAGAUCACCUUUGACCCAGCUCCAUAGGUGAGGAAGCUGUGCGAGCUGUCCAUCGCAGGACACCUGUCUGCCCGGUGUGAGCUGUUGUCUCCCGCUUCAAUCUUAAGGGUGACUGAAGACACGUGGGUGACUGAAGCCUGCUUGAUUGAAGUGGGGUAUAUGGGUUCCUCUCGCCUCCCCAUCAAUCUCUGUAGUUGUAUUUCCUGAAUCAUAAGUAAUUAACUUUCACGUGAUAUGAUAUCACAUUUUGUUAUAAAAACAACAACAAAAAGCAUUCGGACAAGAGAUGAGUGUUACAAAUUACACAAAUCAAUGGGUCGUGCACACUGUAGGGUGGCCGGGUGCCUAUAUCAGGCACUUAUCUAAUGAUGUAUCUUAUGUCAAAUUAUGUCUCACCAUUAUUUCUCACCUUUAUUUCUCAUGAGUGUUCUUGUUGAUCUUUUUGCUAUGCUGGCCUAUCAUAGAAUAUAAAAUAAAUGUCUGAUCAUUACAUACAA